AUGGGACUCCCUCCGGUAUUCACAGCCGCCAAAAACGGUGACUUGACAAUCCUUCAGAAAUUGCUCGAUGACAGGGAAACUCCAAAUAUAACCACCUCCGAUGGAUGGACGCCUUUGCACGCUGCAUCAUACUACGGACAAACGAGCGUCUUGCCUAUACUUCUCGCCCACGGCGCGGACCUUGAGGCGGAACUCCCUUUCGGAGCCCGUCCUCUCCACAAGGCUUGUGAGCGCGGGUUUCUCGACAUAAUAAGGCACCUGCUUGAACACGGUGCUGCGAUUGAGGCCCGAACAAAACACGGUCAUACGCCGUUGUAUGUUGCAGCAUCCAAUGGCAGGCCGGAAACUGUACGGCUCCUGCUCGAUAAAGGGGCGGAUCUCGGGGCGCGCUCUGUGGAGGGGUAUACGUCUCUGUACGCUGCUUCGCGUGACGAUCAGCGGGAGGUGGCACGGCUACUGCUCGAGGAAGGCGCAGAUCCUAAGGCUAGCUCUCAAGAAGGCUAUUCGCCAUUACAUAUAGCAGCGGCAAGGGGGCGUGAGAAAUUGGUGCGGCUCUUGGUUGAGACGGGGCCGUUGAAAGAUCUGGACGAAAGGACAAAUGAUGGAGACACCGCACUACGCUUGGCUGCGAGGAACGGUCACGCAGAGACGGUGCGAUAUCUUCUUGCUCAAGGGGCUAACGGUAACGUUGCAAAUAUCAACGGCUGGGGGGCGCUGCACACCGCAGCUUACAAUGGUCAUUCAAAUGUCGUCGAUGUGCUCCUGGCAGCGUCACAAGGCGGCUUGGAACUUGAAAUCAAGAGAGAUGCUUAUCGGCCACUGCAUAAGGCUGUCCAGAACGGUCAUGUUGACAUUAUCCAUGCUUUGCUUAACGCUGGGGCCAAGAUCGACCCAAAAGAUACUGUGGGGUUCACACCGCUCCAUGUUGCUGUCAAAUGUGGCCAGGUGGCGGCCGCGAAGGAGUUACUGGAGUGUAGAGCCGAUGUCAACUCUCAAAGUUACAAUGUCGAUGGACUCCGGACACCAUUGCACCUCGCUGUUCAGAAGGGCGACCAGCGGAUUGUCAGCCUGCUAUUAGCUUACGGGGCUGAUGGCCAGCGUUUGGACAAAGCGGGAAAGUCGGCUCUGGCAUAUGCUGGCGAAAAGGAGGACGGAGGUAAAAUGCUUUCCCUACUCAAAACCGCAGUGGAAACUACGGCCGCGGGCAAUGAAGAGGAUUUCGUCCUCAGCGUUCGCGGUAAAACUAUGACAGGGACUUCUUGCACCUCAUCCGAGGCCUGGUUUGACAAACUAGAUGAGUUGCGCACCGUCCUUCGCGCGCCUCGUGGUGCUGUCCACGAGCCUGUACGGUUUGCUAUUAUAGACAGUGGCGUUGAACCUGCCCAUCCGAACAAGAUGAUGAUCCACGGCUAUCGGGACUUUGUUGAUGAUUCGAAAGAGUGGAAGGACAACAAAGGACAUGGCUCGACCGGAGUGGACCUCGUCUGUAAGGUUGUAAAGAUGCCAAAGAUCUACGUCGCUCGGGUGUUUGAGACUUCGUCUGGCAGCGUGGAAGUUCAAGAUCGCAUUGCAGAGGCAAUUAAACACGCUCGUACGGAGUGGAAGGUGAACAUCGUCACCCUAGCAUCGGGCUUCAAUCGCCCACACGAGCGCAUGGAGAACGAAAUCCGCGCAGCCUGCGCUCAGGGAAUCCUCAUUUUCGCAGCCGCCAGCAACAGCGGAAACUCCGAUUUCAUCACCUUUCCUGCAAACAACCCUGAAGUCAUCUGCAUGUUUGCGACCGACGCGAACGCAAAGGCCAUCACCAGCUCCAUCAACCCAUCUCCCAGCCUGAAAGGCAGGCCGAAUUUUGCGAUUCUCGGACACGAGGUAGAAUCGCGGCCCCGUACAAAGCCACAGACUGGAACGUCCAUGUCGACGUUCAUAGGUGCGGGUGUUGCGGGUCUAAUUCUAGAAUUCUCGCGCCAGAGCAUUGUCAGCGAUGUCAUUGGAACAGAUUGGAAGCGGUAUCUUCAGACUGUCCGUGGGAUAUCGGCUAUUUUUGAACUCAUGGCCGAAGGUGGUCAUGAGGGUUAUCAGUGUAUAACGCCGUGGAAGAUUCGCCCCGUUUUCCAAAAGACCCGGGAGCUUGAGAGGGAGUUCAUUGCAAAUGCUAUCAAACACGUGUUGGAACGCUGCAUCAGGGGGUCAUAGUUUGUAAGUUUCUUUUUGUAUAUAGUCACUCCUUAGCUGUUUGUGCAGGUGAUAGAGACAAGGAAGAAGGUGCUGGGUGUAGAGCAUCCUGACAUGCUGACCAGCAUGGCUAACCUCGCCUUCACCUUGAAAAAGCAAGGACGCUGCGCGGAAGCCCUUGACUUACUGUAGAAUUGUGUACAGCUAUAGGAGGAACAGGUAAUGCAAAACUUGAUCAUGUAUAUGUCUGUAAUAGCUGAACCCUAGCUUCCGGUUUGGCGCGGCACGAGAUCUCUGUCAAUAAACGUGAUAUCGAUCGGCAUUGUUCUUUGUUAUU